AUGGCUGAGGAUGAAUGCAAGUACGUACCUCCGUGGACCCAGGGGGUGUGCAAUAUCAGAGUGGACCUGCCUGCAGCGUUUUGUGGAGAAGGACGUAAACUUUUCGCUACCUGGAUAAAGCAGUUCGAAGCGGCGGUCCACGCUCAGACCCGGGGUGAUGGGAGAAGCUAUGCCGCGUCCUUAACCGCUCUGCUGCCCACCCGGCUGGAUGGUGCGGCGUUUCUGUUUCGGGACAGCCUGCCCUCGUCUGUGCAGUGUGAUUUUGAACGGGUGAAGGAAAAACUCAAUGAGGCUUUUGGACAGAAACAGUUUUUGCUGUAUUUUCAGACGUGCGUCUCGGCUCGUCCCCGUGUGGCGAGCGAGAGCCUGGAGCUGUACGCUGCGGACCUUUCCCGGAGUAUGACAAAAUGGCACAGAAUGGUGAGAAGUUCCGUCGCUUUCUGGCUGGACUUGACCCUGGGCUGCGGGCCAAAUGCCACGAACAGGGCGCAACUGACUGAGACGCGGUGUGAGAUUUCUGUCACCCGCUCGGCGUUCACCUUCUCGGCGUUCCCCUCCUCCUUCUCCAAUCAGACGGAACCAGGGAAACGACCAGUAACUGGAGGUGAGGCCCGACCGCCAGUUUCGCAAUCUCAGGGUCGCGGUGGACCUUCCACGGCGGAGAUUGAAUCUUCCUCUAUGGACUGCUGUGCUGUGGAUGUCAUCAUUCCUCCUUUCUGUGAAAUGGUUGUCCCUGUGCAGGUGGAGGCUCCGCGCUCCAUGGAGCCGCACACUGAUUUCUAUAUCGGCCUCCCCGUUCGUAAGAGGGCUUACAGGACGUCCCCUGACAAACGGAGGGAGAUCGACAGGCAGGUGCAGCGACUCCUGGCAGAUGGGGUCAUUGAGGAAAGUUGUAGCCCGUGGUCCUCUCCUGUGGUGCUUGUGAGGAAGAAGGACAACACAUGGAGGUUUUGUGUGGACUACAGGGGUCUGAAUGCGGUCACGAUAAUCAUGGUGAGCUCUGAGACGCAGACUAUGGAUAUGUCAACUUCGGUGGCUGUAUGUGGGGUCGAAGCUUCUACGGAGGCUCCCCUAAGUGCUCAGGCAUCGGAUUCUUGUGAGCCCUCAGUACCCCCUGACGGGAGUGACCUACAAACCCUCUUUCAGGAAGGCUCCAACGUAAGGCGUCUGCAGCAAGAGGACCCAGAUAUUCGAUCUCUGUUGAAGUGGCUUAGAGCGGGUGAGAGGCCGUCCUCAGUGAGGAUUAAAGGGGCUGGAAAGGCUCUCCGUAUUUUGUGGCACGAGUUUCCUCGGAUGACCAUGAUUGACGGAAUUGUGCACAGGGUUGUUGCCCUGUCUGAUGUGGAACAAACAUGGCAGGUUGUCGUACCAUCGGUUCUGGUGCCGGAGGUCCUGCGUCUUCUUCAUGGGGGGCCCUUGACUGGCCAUUUGGCUGUGGAGCGGACCAUGGCCCGUGCACGCGGGGUGUGCUUCUGGCCUUGUAUGUAUCUUGACAUAUGCACUUGGUGUGAGCAGUGUUAUGCCUGUCAGAGGCGCAAGGCGCCUGUGCCUCACCAUCGUGCUCCGAUGCGGACGACGUUGGCACAGCGCCCGUUUCAGCGGGUUGCGGCAGACAUAUUGGAGUUACCGGUCACGUCGAGAGGAAACCGCUAUGUUCUGGUGGUGGAAGACUAUUUCACCAAGUUCGUUAACAUGUAUGCUAUUGCGGACCAGAGGGCUACUACCGUGGCAGAGUGUCUCUUUAACAAUUUCAUCUUGGAGCAUGGUGUUAUGGAGACCCUUCAUACUGACAUGGGGCGACAGUUUGAGUCAGACGUGACGUUUGGAUGCUGCUUUUCGCCAGAGUCGCGAUAA